CACGCUGGGAAGCAGCAGGAUCUCGGGAAAACGUUUUCUGUGAGGGCGUUUUAUGUAAUUUCGCCCUCCGUUCGCGCUUUUUGAGAGGGAGAGGAUUUGGUUCGCUGAACAAAAUUCCAGAAGAAGAUGGACUUCCAGCCAAAUCCAAAGCCCAGUUUCAUUCCUUCCACUUCCGGUUCUCUCACACUCCAAGGCGUUCGAUUCUUUUCUUAGAAGGCGGGCGGCGCAAGUAAUCGACCGUGCCUUAAGACUCCUAGUUGCUCUGCUGUGCGUCGAUUAAUGAAGCCAUGAGGAAGAGACUCGAUACUCGUUUUCCUGCAUCUCGGAUUAAAAAAAUAAUGCAGACAGAUGAAGAUGUUGGAAAGAUUGCACUGGCUGUACCUCUUUUAGUUUCUAAAGCAUUGGAACUAUUUUUGCAAGAUUUAUGUGACAAGACAUAUGACAUCACUCUUAAAAGAGGAGCAAAAACUAUGAUUUCUUCACAUCUAAAGCAGUGCGUGCACAAAUUCAGUAUCUUCGACUUCCUUAAGGAAACAGUCAGCAGGGUUCCAGAUGUUGGCUUUUCUGACGCAGGUGGUGAAGACAGAUCUUCCAAGAGAAGAAAAGCUGUAGAUGAUGAUGGCAAUGUAAGUGAUGACGAACCAAAGAGGAGCAAGAGAGAGAUGGUUCAUAAUAGCAGAGGACCAGGUAGAGGAAGAGGACGAGGUAGAGGAAGAGCUUCCCAUGGAACUGAGUUGGAUAUUUCUCGUUCCAGCAAAUGCGAAGAUGGUCCAGAAACGUGCCCCCAAUACCAUGACAAACUCGAGCAGGGAGUGAACAAGUUUAGCAGAACAGAACUGAAGGAAAAUGGCUCAAGCUGUACUCGUGUUGCCGUUAGAGACUUUGAUUUGAACCUUGAAUUGGAUGAAAAUGGUUUUGCCACGGAGAGCUCUGAGAUGAAGCUGGAAGAGUAUAAUAUGUGGCCGCCGUUGUCCUACGUCGACAAAAUGACGAUCGAUCCUCUUCAACCGGCUGUGCUGGAUAAAAGAAUUGAAGAGGAAGAGGAAGAGGAUUACGAUAAUGAGGACUGACAUUGAGUAUUUUCUAAAGCUGUUUCAUUGGUCACAUAAUAGCUGUUGUUCAGUUUAUUAAGAUUAUAUUUGCACAUAAAGAAGUUUUAGGAAGUGUUGAAGAGUGAGGUGCUCUUUUUGUAAUAUACUUAGGAUUAUCGCUGAUUUAGUAAUAGUUGUAAUUAUAACACCAAAUUACAAUUACAGUUAUGCUUUUAUUUCUUUGAUGGUCGU